AUGUCAUUGGAUGUGGGGUCGCAGUCGCAAUUCGAUCUGUUAAGUGACUAUUCUUUUCUCGAACGAUCGGUUCAUGAGGUUUAUAUAUGGAUAUGGUUUAUAAUUCAUGUAUGGAGGUGUGACCAAUUUGCGGCAUUGAAGUGGCAUCGAAUACGAUCACUGGAAUUAAGGUCAUACGUCACCAUCUUCAUAUUACUGGCAUUACCGCUAGGUUCAUUUUAUGAUAUUGUUUCGGUAAUUACCUGCUUUCUUGAUUUUGGGGUCAAGGCUAUAGUUCGAUCUAAACCGGAAAGCAUGUGGUCGGAUGACAAUAAAAUGUGGAUCACUCCAAAUUACUAUACCGAAAUGGUGGGUUUCAGCUUGCAAAUCGGAACAUUGUUUUUAUUACAAUGUUUCUGGAAUUAUCUAUCCAAUUCAAUUGCGAAAAUUUCGUUCAUGUCAAGUUUUGAAUUUAAGCUAUAUAUUGUUUGUAGCUCGAUAUCUAUAUGCAUUUAUCCAGUAUUACAAGUUAUCUUCCGAAAUAGCCCUUUACUACGAGAGGUUAUCCCCCAAUUAUUAUUCGCUUCUCAAUUAUUUAUUAUAUCCAUGUUAGGAAUUCGAACGCAUUUCAAAUUUAACAAAUUAAUCAAGGAUGCAUCAGGCAACAGGAAUAUAGCACACAUCAUUGCAAAAAUUCGAUACUUUCUUGACAUGAAUAAAGUACUCACGUUAACGUUGUUUGUGAUGUGUGCAAGCUUUUUCGUGUUGGCUAUUGACCUUACUUCCACCACACGACCUAUUAACGGUAGUAAGAUUGCCAGUGAUAUAUUGAUAGCCCACAUUAACAUUGCAUCAAUAAUCGAAUGGCUAGUUCUCAUUUUAAUAUUUUAUCCCCGGAAAGGAUUUGUGGGUACAACAUCUGUCAGUAAUAUAAUUAAUACCGGCUCUAUAAACGGCGAAUCCUUUGCACUUUCACAAACCAAAGCUAGCAACAUGCCAGGUACCGGUGCGGGAAUUCCUACCUCUCCCGCCGAUCCUUACACUGAUCGAUUUGUAGAAAAAAGUGCCGCUAACACGGAUAACUAUGCUAUGCAUUCCACCUCUGCCACCUCAAAAACUUCUGCGAAUAUCACAGUACCCCCCGUGGCAUCUACAUCGAUAUCUGAAUCGCCAAUGUCAUUAUUAAAACGAAAUAUUUCGAUAUCAAAGGAUGGAAAGAUGGUCUACAGCGAAACAAAACCUUUAGGAAAGGUUCAUGGCUCUGAAUUUGUAGCUGUCGAGAAGGCCGACCCAAGUGUGAUGUCAUACUUUAUGGAUAAAGAUGGUAUAGCAAAUUCGAUUCCACCCUUACCACAAUCAUUGGAUGUGACAAGAUCACAAUCGCCUUUGUCACAACAGAUAUCAGCAUCUUCAUUAAAUGAUACGAAUGCGACAACAUCUGUCACGGUAAUGGAACCGGAACCAAGAAAAUCAUCACAACAAGAAAGAAUGAUGGUACUACAACGACAACAAGAAGAUUACAAUGCAUUAAGGAUGGCUACAGCGAAAUUGCAACAACGGGACCCAUCUGCAGAGUUGGAGCGGUCUGGUGGCUUUGCAUCAUCAACGGCAUUGGAAGAACUCACACAACCGCAAAUAAAUUCCGAUAUAACUAAUUACAAUGCUCCAUUAAGAGAGGAAGAGGAUGAUGAAACUUCUGAAGAAUUUUUUUACGCGAUGUAA